GAACUUCCAUUACUACACACUACACUCCCAUUCACGAGGUCAGGAGUCCAUAGAUGACGAGUGAACAUGCGUCACUCCAAGUUGAAAGUUUAUUUUGCUAUUUUCUUCUCCGGCAUGAUCGCUCCAUCCGGCAAGUUGAUACAAGCAAACCGGCCCUCCGAUUGUUUAAUCGUCCACACGUCACUCUCCUUUGAUCCGAAGCUCAUUGACUCAAACGCCAUAAAACAACUUCGCCACAAUUCACUAGCAACAAACCACAGCCAUGGACGACGACACCGCCGGCCACGCCUCCGGCGGCUACACGACGACGGCGGCGGCGCACUUCGUGCUGGUCCCGAUGAUGGCGCAGGGCCACGCCAUCCCCAUGACCGACAUGGCGCGCCUGCUGGCCGAGCACGGCGCGGCGCGGGUCAGCCUCGUCGUCACGCCGGUCAACGCCGCCAGGAUGGCCGGGUUCGCCGCCGGCGUGGAGGAGGCCGGCCUGCCGGUGCAGCUGGUGGAGCUCCCCUUCCCGGCCGCCGAGUUCGGCCUGCCGGACGGCUGCGAGAACGUCGACAUGCUCCCGUCCAAAGACCUCUUCAGCAACUUCCUCUUGGCCUGCGGCGCGCUCCGGGAGCCGUUCGCGGCGAGGCUCCGGCAGCAACGGCCGCCGGCGAGCUGCAUCAUCUCCGACAUGAUACACUCGUGGGCCGGUGACAUCGCCAGGGAGCUCGGCGUCCCAUGGCUCACGUUCAACGGCUCCUGCACCUUCUCCUCCUUUGCCAGGGACAUCAUUUAUCGCAAAAAUCUAUUGGAGAACCUCACGGAUGAUGAGAUCGUCAAAGUCUCAGGGUUCCCUACGCCGCUAGAGUUGCCAAAAGCUAGAUGCCCUGGAACACUGUGCGUUCCAGGUCUGAAGCAAAUAAGUGACAAGAUUUACGAGGCUGAGACGCGAAGCGAUGGCAGGAUCAUGAAUAGCUUCCAGGAGAUGGAAUCUCUGUACAUCGAGUCGUUUGAGCGAACCAUAGGUAAGAAGAUCUGGACGAUCGGCCCAAUGUGCCUUUGUCACAGAGACAGCAACGCCAUGGCUGCUAGAGGAAACAAGGCGUCAAUGGAUGAUGCGAAAUGUUUGCAAUGGCUUGAUUCAAAGAAGCCUGGUUCAGUGAUCUUUGUCAGCUUUGGCAGCCUCUCCAGCACCGACCCUCAGCAGCUUGUUGAGCUGGGGCUGGGACUUGAAGCUUCCAAGAAACCAUUCAUCUGGGUGAUCAAAGCAGGAAAAAAGUUUCCAGAAGUCGAGGAAUGGCUUGCAGAUGGGUUCGAGGAGCGCGUCAAAGACAGAGGCAUGAUCAUAAGGGGCUGGGCGCCACAGAUGAUGAUCCUGUGGCACCAGGCCAUUGGAGGGUUCAUGACGCACUGCGGGUGGAACUCGACACUAGAGGGCAUCUCCGCGGGUGUGCCGAUGAUCACAUGGCCACACUGUUCAGAGCAGUUUGUGAAUGAGAAAUUGGUGGUGGAUCACCUGAAAAUUGGGGUGGAGGUUGGAGUGAAAGGAGUGACACAGUGGGGAACUGAACAAAAAGAGGUUAAGGUGACAAGGACUGCUGUGGAGACAGCGGUAUCCAUGUUGAUGGAUGAAGGGGAAGUUGCACAGGAGAUUAGGAUGAGAGCAAAAGAUUUUGGCAUGAAGGCAAGAAGGGCUUUGGAAGAGGGAGGUUCUUCCUAUAACAACAUAAAACUAUUAAUUCAAGAAAUGGGAAACAAGCAAAAUGCAUCUGGUUGAUACAUAUGGAAAUAAGCUUUAUUUUUUCUUAAUUGUAAAUCUGUAAGCAAGAACUGGAGGAUCCUAUUGUGCUUACCCUGAUUUUCAUCCCUCAAACUAUAAAGAACUGUACUCUCCCUCUGAUUCCAAAUAUAAAUCUUUUUAUACUUGUGCAAUUUGUAUAAGAAUUAAUAAAAACAACUCUAAUGAA